AUGGAAGAACACUCGGAGACUGUAGAUGUGCCCGCUGAAGCCGAACCCUCCUUAGAGGCCUCCUCCCCGGGUACACCCAAGAACGAACCGCCCAAUGAUGGUCUCCAGUGCGGUGAAGUAUCAGAAGAACCAUGUGGUACCAGCAGUGGCGAGGGUGAACAACAAGAUGCAGGCAGUGCUAAUGAAGCUCCUUUAAACAACCUUGAAAACACGGAUGAGCAUGAACCACUCCACGCAACAGCUGACUGUGAUUCGAGUUUGCCAGAAACUUCAAUGGGAGUGGAGGAUAGUCAAGACCAUGCCUGUGUUGAAGUGAGUGCAGAAGUAGAAGACCUUCAGCCUACCAGUCUCGAUCAAACAACAAAUGAUCAAGACGAGCCUGUCACAACUUCUACAGCCUAUGAGUCCGCGGAAACCCAUGUGCAGAAUGGCUAUACCGUCGAAGAAGGAACAAACGACACUGCUCAAGCGGAAUUAAGCCAGGCUAAUCCUCAUAGUAAUGAAAAUAAUGAAGUUCUUGGCAGUGAAGCCGCAGUCGGAGGUGACUCGGGUGAAACCGCUGCUUAUGAUAAUGGAGAGAGGGAUGAUAGUGAAUUGCCCACACAUCAGGAUAAGGAGGAACCAGAGAUGGGUGAUGCAGAAACCUCCUCAACAAAGUCCCAAAACUCCAGUUCCUUGUGCGUCGACGCUUCUUCGCCGGCUGAUGCCCCAGAGAGUAUGCACGCAGAAGAAAGCCAGGACACCUGCUGCAAUGAGCCCGUAGAACACAACGAAAGUGUCCAGGAGAAUGAUGUCACAAUGAUUUCAGAAUCUCAAGUUGAGUCCUUGGUACCGAGUCAGGUGGAAAAUGUUUGUGAGCAACCUCAGGUGACUCAGGAUGACCAAAGAGUCACCACUGAAGAAAAGCAGCCUAUUAAACCUAAUGAAUAUCCUGAAAUCAACUGUCAGGAUUCUGUUAGUCAAACAUCAGAGGAUAGGGUCGCUGCCCAGCCCUGUACCGAAAUGCCAGACAAGAUUGCUGACUACGUCCAGUCAAAAGACUAUAGUCCUGAUGUCGAGCAGCAAAAUAAGGAGGAUGAGAAGGUGGAAACAAGCUCAUUAAAGGCUGAACCGGCUGAAGUGUUAUUGGCUGAGAAGAAGACUUCGGGUAAGGAGGAUUUUGAAGCCAGGUAUGCUGAGUUUGUGGGACGCAUUCUGCCGGGUCACGACGUCUAUCAUGCCGAAAGAGAACAGGAACUUCCCCGCGGGGGCACCUUACACAGGCAUGCCGAUGCCCACUCCCCCUACGCAGUACUAUGGGACACCUCUAACGUUUCAGUGCGCGCCAAGGCGGCCACCCUGGUGGAUAAAACGCUAGUGGAACCGCAAACAGCCGAGGACAGUGCCGCUAAAUACGACGUGCCUUUUAUGGAUGAUGAAGCCUUUUUACCCCAUCGCAUGCGCUCCAACAGAGGGCAAGAGGAAGACGCGUAUUCAGACUCGGACUCAGAUUACGAGAGCGGAGAGUUUGGCAAGGGUUUGCUGGAGAAAGACCACCUGGCUCACCUGGAAGAAGCGUCUACACAUUCCAGUAAGUCAGCUGUUUGUUAG